AGACGAGGUUUCAUCAUGUUGUCCAGGCUGGUCUUGAACUCCUGACCUCAGGUGAUCCGCCUGCCUCGUCCUCCCAAAGUGCUGGGAUUAAAGGAGUGAGUCACCGCGCCUGGCCCUGUUUGUCUUCUUUACCAGAUUCCUCUGGGGGUAUGAACCGUGUCCAAUUCAUCUUCAUAGAGCUCACCAUUAGAUUCUCACAUCUUCCGGAAUAUAUGUAAAUGUGACUUUCUACAUUUUCUUGGUCCAUAAAUGUUUCUUAAAUAUUUGUGGGACCUCUUUUCCUAUGAUCAUUUAUUUGCUAUGCCAUAGUUUUGGGCAGGUUAUGUUUUUCCUCGUAUGUGGUCCUCUUAAAUUAGUUCAUCUGAAAUCAUUAAUUACUGUACUGUUUUUACCCAGACUUACUGGUAGAUUAUUUUAUAUAGUAGUUACUAAAUCAGUACGAAAUAUUUUUGCCACUUGGUUAUGUUCACUUUGACCUUUUAUGAAGUACUAGCAUAAAUUUUUAUCUCUUUUUGUGUAUAUGUCAGCGUGUGUCAGUCUUAUCUGCAAAAGCAUUUCAGCUUAUUGGAGAGGAUUUUAGAUUGAGUACAUGUAUUUAUUUUUUACUGACUCCUCCUCCUCAUCUCCCUGAUCCCUCUCUCCAGUUGUCUGCAACACAUUCUACUGUGAAGUUUUUCUUAAAACUUCCCAGGAAGAAAUAUUUUAUCUGUAAUCUCUAUAUCACCAUAAUUCCCUCACUAAUUAUAACAUCAGCUUAUUAGUGGUUUAGCAAUCUGUCUUACUCUCACAGGCUCUUGGUUGCUUAAGGGCAGGGACCUCUCUGUCAUUUGUAUAUAUUUAGCAUUUAAGGUACUGGCAAAUAGUAGACAUCAAAAAGUGCUUUUUCCUCACUUAUCCUAUUUUACAGAAUUCCAUUUGUAACUACAAGACCUCUCAUUGUUCCUUGGAAUGGACAGUCUAAGGCCCGGAUCUGGUAUGAUUUCCUCAGACAUAAGGAGGAGGAAGUACGCAUUUCAGAGAAUAAAGGAGAGCUUGCAAAUCUUGCCACUUGUUUGUAAUUUAGGUUUAAGUAUUCAUUUGAAGCACUUAACAUCCUAACCACCGAAACACAUGAUUAGGAACUCAAAUUUGAGAAAUACAACAAGAUGGUAAGAUAAGUCAGAAGGAUACAUCAUUUUUGUGAUUAGUGUUCCAACACUAUUCUUUAUCACGUUUAAGCAAAGAAGAUGAAAGAGAUUCAAGCUUUUUCAGAGGGCAACACAAACUUUAUAUUAUUCCUAUUCCUUAUUGCCUAGGAACCUCAAGCAACUUCCACUAAUAGGUUUCUCUUGCUCCACACUUCCAAUAGAUUUUCUUUCACUUCUGAAAUAAAGCAGUAUUGCUUAUAAUUUUGUUACUGAGAAAACCAACAAUGCAAAUGAAAGCAUGUUAACAAAAUUCAGUCACUAGCAUUGUGUUCUAUGGCAAUCACUUAACUUCUCUGAAACUUAAUUUAUUGAUCUGUAAAACAAGAUAGGGUUUUUAAAGGUAUGUAUUUCUAUGAGUCUAUAAUUAGAAAUUCUCAUGUGCUGUGUCAAAACUCCCAUGGAUUAAAAAUAACUCUUUAAUAAUGAUUCUAAAUGUAAUACACACCCAUUAAAGAAUAUCUGUAAAAUUAUGUAUAAAGAAAAAACCCUCACAAUCCUAUUACUCAUGGGCCUUAUUGUAAGGAUCCUAAAGCAGCUAAAAAUAUCACUGACAGGUUUUUAAGAUGUCAGAAUGUCACUGGUCUGGAUCUUAUUUUUAUUUCCAACAGCAGGGUCAUUAAUUUUUUUCCUCUCUCUUCUGCUGUAUUUUUCUGCAUACUAUAAAAAAGUUCAAUAACUGCCCAGAGAAUGCAUUAGAUACAGUUUUCCAUCCACAAUCCUCUUCUCCAGAUCUAUUUUAUGGGAUCUCCUGUAUGAUCUAAAACACUAUCCACAGUUGUUCAUUGCUUAAGCUCUAAUGGAUAAAGUUUGAACACUAUAAUUUCACAUUUAAAAACACUUUAAUUUGGCAAAAUCUCAUCCCAGCCUUCUUUUCCAGAUUCACUGUUCUCCGUUCCAAAUUGCUCUAUAGGUAAACUGGCUGCCUGGAGGCUGUUCACUCUAAUGUGUGAGUCAGUUAGAGGGAUGGUCCACCCAGGCUGGGCCUUGGACACUUCUAGUCCUCAUCACCUAUUGGUCACUUCAUCUAGGGUGGCCAAGCGCCUAUUAUUCAGAGAGAAUCUGGGCAAGAAUGAAGAUUUAAAAUUCUAAUGGUAGUGGUUCCAAUUCCUGGUAAUAUGGAAUAAGCACACUCCACUGUCUCUGCCAGUGAAUCAAGCUAUAAAUCAGCAAUUUGAGGACUGGAAAAGAAACAGCAGCAGGAAAAUUGAGAAGACGACCAGAAUUCCUUAUUUAACAUUUACCUUCCUGAUAAUAUUGUUAUAAAAAAUACAUUUACAGUAUUUCAAUAAGUAGAUGGGAAAACUGAAUACAAACAUAAUCCCUUGCACUGUAAAAGUAAAUACUUUCCAAAAAAAAAAAAAAUCGAAUUUGGGCAAGGAUAACUUAGUAAAGUGUUUUAAAGUGGAUCAAGUAGACAAACAAUCCUCUGCAGUAUUUCAAAGUAGCAGAGCACACAGGUUUGGAUUGAGAUCUUGGUUCAAAUCCUGACUCUACCUCUUAUUAGCUGCGUGACCUUGGAUAAGUUACGUCAGCUCUGUGAACUUAUUCCCUCAUUGCAAAAUGGAGAAAAUAAUAGUACCAACCUCACAGAAUACUGAGUGGACUAAUUAGGUAACGAAUGCAAACCAUUAAGCAUACUGCUGGCACCUAUAAAAUGUUCAGUAAAGUUAGCUAUUAGUAGCAAUAGUUUCCUCCGAAUUCCAAAGGACUUAUUCUACGCCCUAUUUACUCAACUACUAAUCUUUAUUGGACAUACCGCUACAAAAAGAAAUCGGUAUGUUCCUUUGCUUCCAAGAAUGAACGACCUACAGUUUAAAAUGCAAUAUACCACUGAAAAGAAAAGUUUUAGUUAAAUGCGCCCUCUAGUGGUAUGUUAUGUGUAAGUACCUUGCAUCUACCAAAGAUAAAACCUCUUCAUUAAAUGUCACUACCCUGAAACCAGCUGGUUGAGAUCAUUACAGUAUGGGCAACACUACCACACAUCUUUUAGGAAGUUCCCUAUCUUCAAGAGCUGGAAGGUGCUGUUGUUUGUUUGUUGUCUUUUAAAACUUUCUCCACCAUAUGAACUACGGUAUUUGUGAUAUGUACCAUACCAAAUCUCAACAUUCCUACAAGCACUGACUUUAAAAUCCCUUCUCUUAAAGAAAACUGGGCCACAUUCUAGUUUGCUUUAAACAAACAUUGCAAAGUACUUAUUCUUCAUUUACUUAACAAAUACGAGGGCCAGGCGCGGUGGCUCACGCCUGUAAUCCCAGCACUUUGGAGGGACGAGGCGGGCGGAUCGCCUAAAUCAGGAGUUUGAGACCAACCUGGCCAACAUGGCGAUAUCCCGUCACUACUAAAAAUACAAAAUCUAGCCGGGCGCGGUGGCGGGCGCCUGUAAUCUCAGCUACUUGGGCGGCUGAGGCAGAAGAAUCGCUUGAACCCGGGAGGCAGAGGUUGCAGUGAGCCGAGAUCGCGCCAUUGCACUCCAGCCUGGGCGACAAGAGCCAAACUCCUUCUCAAAAAACAAAACAAAACAAAACAAAACAAAAAACAAAUACGAAGUGAGCACCAAGGAUGUACCAGGCAAUGAGUAUACAAUAAACUUACACAAUUAUUGUGUAAUUACAAAUGUGAACCGUGUCAUAAGAAAGUAUAGACUGCCGUGAGCACACAGUAGGGGAUUGGUCUAGUAUGGGGGUAGGGGGCUGGAAGGCUUUCUUGAGAAUAAAAUACUUAAAGCCUUGAAGGGUGAGUAGAAAGUAACUGGAAGAAGAAAAGGAGUACCAUACAAAGAGAAUAGCAAAUGUAAAGGCCUGGAGAUGGCAAGGUACACACGGCAUUUGAGAAAUUGAAAAAAUGAUCCUACGCACGGAGCUCAAAGGAGAGCUUGAGCAAGGUGAGGCUAGGGAAGUAGGCAGGGACUUCAUAAGGAGUUCGAAUUUCAUCCUAAAAACAAUGGGAAGCGAAGGGAGAGUUUAAAGCAGUACAGCAGUACUGCUUUAAAUGUAAUGAUUUACAUUUUCAAAAGUUCCGUUCCUACGACACGGAAAAUGGAUUUCAGGGAGUUGGGGCAGAAUGAAUCCCCAGACCAGUUGUAGAACUACAGGUACAAUAUGGGACAAGGGAGGAGGUGCCAACAGAGAUAAAAAGAAGUGGACAAAUAUUCAAAAGGUUAAAUGGAUUGAGCAAACUGUUGAGAGUAGUGGUCCUGGUAAAUUGCAUUUUUUCACUAGGCACAGCUGGUGGUGGUAUCCGUUUGCAAGAUGCUACAGAAAAUGAGCCGUUUGGAAAUCCAGGGUUUUCCUCUUAAAAAGAGAACUUGUUUGGCUACAAAGUGUAACAUUUUAAUUGAAUGCUCAACGAGCACUGAAGGGGGGACAUGAGGCACUGCCUCUCACCCAAGAGAGCCCCCAAAUGUCCUUUUCAGACUUUUAUCACAGUGACCCACUCCCACCGCGCCUUUACCUUGCCUCUGCCUGGAAUGUCCUUAACUCCCUCCUGCCGGCAAUUUCACCAGAUUUUUAAUUUCUUAUCCAGUCUCACGGGAAGCCUUUCCGGCAUCUCCCACCCUACCGAUCUUCCCGUCUAUCUCGCCCGCUACACUGUGAGUUCAGACAGCACGGAUUGUGAGUUCAGACAGCACGGAUUGAACUCUUCAUCUUUUCGUGUCGGCGUCCUGCACAGCGCCAUCCCAUCACUAAGCGCGCCACAAACUCAGCCCAGUCUUGAUGCCCACGAGCCGCUCGUGAAGCCCGUCUGAGACGCCGGAAGUGACGCGCUCUCGGGCACUAUGUGCUUCCGGUCUCCAAUACCGCAGGGGGGCGGUCUUCUCCGGCUCGCCAAUUCGGCUGCUCUGGGGGAUUCGUGCGCGGUACCACUGAUGAAAUUAUGACCAGGUGGGCCCGAGUUAGUACCACAUAUAACAAGAGACCCUUGCCUGCAACAUCAUGGGAGGACAUGAAGAAGGGAUCCUUUGAGGGAACAAGCCAAAACCUACCAAAGCGUAAACAACUUGAAGCCAAUAGGCUAUCCCUCAAAAAUGAUGCACCCCAAGCAAAACAUAAAAAGAACAAAAAGAAAAAAGAGUACUUAAAUGAAGAUGUGAAUGGAUUCAUGGAAUACCUAAGACAGAAUUCACAGAUGGUUCACAAUGGGCAAAUUAUAGCAACAGACAGUGAGGAAGUAAGGGAAGAAAUUGCAGUUGCUUUAAAGAAAGACAGUCGACGGGAAGGAAGAAGAUUAAAAAGACAAGCGGCAAAGAAAAAUGCAAUGGUGUGUUUCCAUUGUAGAAAACCUGGUCAUGGAAUUGCAGAUUGCCCCGCCGCCCUUGAAAAUCAAGACAUGGGCACUGGGAUAUGUUACAGGUGUGGGUCCACAGAGCACGAAAUAACCAAGUGUAAGGCUAAAGUAGACCCGGCUCUUGGCGAAUUUCCUUUUGCAAAAUGUUUUGUUUGUGGAGAAAUGGGGCACCUGUCUAGAUCUUGUCCUGAUAAUCCCAAAGGACUCUAUGCUGAUGGUGGCGGUUGCAAACUUUGUGGCUCUGUGGAACAUUUAAAGAAAGAUUGCCCUGAAAGUCAGAAUUCAGAGCGAAUGGUCACAGUUGGUCGCUGGGCAAAGGGAAUGAGUGCAGACUAUGAAGAAAUUUUGGAUGUACCUAAACCGCAAAAACCCAAAACAAAAAUACCUAAAGUUGUUAAUUUUUGAUAACAGCUAGCACUAUCAUUAGUUACCACCUCAUUGUUACUUUCUAAACCAGGCCUGCUUCACGAGUUAGAGUUGAGCUCCCCUGUAGCCAGGACUAUGCUGUAGAUAUCAGUAUGAUCUGGGUGUGGCCAAAAACAAUUUUCUUUAUUCUGUCUAUCAAAUAGUACUUCUACCACUGUUUGGAGAAAAUUGAAGAAAAGAAUAAGACGAUUAAAUGAAUUCUCUAAAAGAACAUAUUUUAAGAGACAGAACUUAGACAUAACCAAGUAGUUGUAUACCUGAUUGUAACAAUCAUCUUUUAUAAAAGCAAAAUUAUGCAUAAAUGUAAAACACCCCUAAACAAAGGGAACAAAUGAAUUUUUGGUUAUAUUGUUUUCUUGGCUCAAAGUAUCAAUUUAUUAUUAUAAUAGAAAUUUAUAAGUUGCUAGAAAGUCUGUAUUUUUAAAGUACGGAAUAAAAAUAUGUUUUCUAUU